CGGCUGGAGGCGGCGGCGGCGGCGGGGCCCGGCCCGGCCGGGGGGGCGGCGGCGCCAGCCAUGUCCGAGACCUACGAUUUCCUCUUCAAGUUCCUUGUGAUUGGAAGUGCUGGAACAGGGAAGUCCUGCCUCCUCCAUCAGUUCAUAGAGAAUAAAUUCAAACAGGACUCGAACCACACGAUCGGCGUGGAGUUUGGCUCCAAGGUCGUUAACGUAGGCGGGAAGACGGUGAAGCUGCAGAUCUGGGACACAGCUGGGCAGGAAAGGUUCAGGUCGGUAACUAGAAGCUACUACCGCGGUGCGGCUGGGGCGCUGCUCGUGUACGACAUUACCAGCCGGGAGACCUACAACGCGCUCACCAACUGGCUCACGGACGCGCGCACUCUCGCCAGCCCCAACAUCGUCAUCAUCCUCUGCGGGAACAAGAAGGACCUGGACGCCGACCGGGAGGUGACGUUCCUGGAGGCCUCGCGCUUCGCCCAGGAGAACGAGCUCAUGUUCCUGGAGACCAGCGCCCUGACGGGAGAGAACGUAGAAGAAGCCUUCUUAAAAUGUGCAAGGACCAUAUUAAACAAAAUUGAAUCAGGUGAGCUUGACCCGGAGAGGAUGGGCUCAGGGAUCCAGUACGGAGAUGCCUCCUUGCGCCAGCUGAGGCAGCCGCGGGGAGCUCAGGUGCAGAGCAAGCAGCAGUGCAGUUGCUAGAGGCCGGCUUGGGCCCGGCUGGGAAUCCGUAUGCAAGGACCACGUGCCUCGCUCGCCGAGUCCCCUGCUUCCCAAGGAGCCCCCUUGCCCCGCUCUGUACCAUCAGCCCCUCCUCAUCCGAGAAGCCCUGGGACUCUUGAGUUUACCUCCGUGGCAAACGCCUUGUUUGAUUGUAUUUGACCGAGGUGGCUUCUGCCCAGCACUCCUCGCCCGCCGUCCAUCCGUCCGUCCCUCGUGGCGCCAGGCAGGGACACCCUCGGCCGCGGCGCUCGCGGACCGGCCGGUGCCUCUGCCCGGCCGCGUCGGCCCACCGCCGCUCCGGGCAGCGACGCUCCCCGUGCCGACGCAAGGAUGCGGCGCGGCGGCGCUUUCACGUGGGUUGCAUGCUGCCAGCCCCCCCCGAGUAGGUUGGGUUUUUUUUUUUUUUUUUUGCUUAUUUAAAAAAAAAAUCUCCCCCAAAACGCUACUGCGGGGCGACGGUAGCGUUUUGGGGGGAGCCUGAAUGAAGGGGGAGCGCCCGCCGCGGCAGCAGAGGGGCCGGCCCUCCGGCGCGUGCUGGAGCCGCGCGCCGAGACCGGAGCGUCGGCCGCGGCUCGGCUCGAAGCGCCCGGGAGCCCCGAGCGCGCCUGCCCGGCCCUUGGGUUUUGCCUUUUUUUUGUGUGUAUGUUCUUCGGUUUGAAUUUCCACCCCAGCCCUGAUGGGAGAACGUGGGUUUUUUUGUUGUUGUUGUUUGGGUUGUUUUUUUCUUUUUUUUAGGUGCAAAUGCUCCGGCCCUGCCCUGCAGGAGCAGGGACCCCCCUGCGUGGGGGGCUGGGGGCUCCCCGCCUCCGCGGUUCGUCUGCGCCGCGGGGGCGAGAGCCCCUUCUCCGCCGGAGCCGCUCGGCCCCUUCCGCCCCCGGGCGCGUUCGGCCGCCUGAAAAGCUGCCCGCAGCCGUCUCCGCUCGCGGGAGCGCGUCCGGCCUUGGCACCGCGCUCCGGCGAGGCCGGCAGAGCGGCUCCCGCGGAGCCGGGGCAGCGCGGGCAGCGAGCCGAGGCCGCGGGGAAGCCGCUUCCCCCGGGGCCGGGCCCUGCCACCCUCCUCCGGGAGUUUUGGGGCAGCGUCUCUCCCGUCGGCUCCGUCCACCCGGAGCGGGAUCCGUGUCCGCGCGUAGCCCAGGGCCCCGCUCCCGUCCCCAGGCGCCCGUGAGCAGGGACGUGCGGGACUCUCGGCGCUGGCACGGCCGCAGGAGCUGCGAGCCGGGCCCGUCGCCUCCGGCCGGGCUGCGCUGCGAGUUUUAAACCCGCCUUAUUUUAAAAAUAUCUCCAACCGAGCUGGGGUGGGGGGAGGGAAACUCCGCUUUUCCCCGCUCGCCCGGGAGCGCGGACGUGUCUCUGCCCUGCGGCGGGGAGAGGCAGCGGUGGGUUUUGCUUUCUUUCUGCUUCUGUUUGUGUUAUUUAUUGCACUUGGGCGUGGGGGAAGAGGGCCGCGGCGCGGGGAGCGUCUGGUCCCCCGGCCCGUUUGCGUGCGCCGGGAGAGGGGAGAGGCGGUCGGACCCCACACGGUUUCUGAUUUGACCCAGGUUCGGUUUCUUCUCUUUGAAACGGAAAAUCAAACAAACAAAUACCAACAGAAAAGGCCCAGAUUCCCUCCGCCUUCAGGCUGUGAAAAUGUGACUCUCGUACAUAAAGUAUUCAUGUUUUCCA